AAAAAAGUUUGAAUUUUUAUAUCGAUUAGGCCUAUAAACUCUUAUAAUUGCAAUAGUUGGUAAGUGGGACUUGGAAGUAAUUUUAGCUUAACUGGUUAGCUAAACUCACACAAGAUGUGCUUACUUGGUUUGAUUACCCAAUGAUCUUUGUGUUCCAAGAAAAUAAGAAAUUAAGUGUUAGUUACUGAUGUUAGCUUAAUUAAGUACUGCAAAAUCAAUGUAUAAUCACUAAUUAAUAUCCAGAAAAUUUGCACAAAAAAUUUGUGCUCUCUCCUAUAGACAUAAUAUUUUCCAUCAAAUUCUAGUCAACCAAACAAGAAUUUAAAGGAUUGAAGACAAAGAAGAAAAAUUGAAGUGAUCAAGAGAAUUAAUUUAUGACAAUGAAGGCUUGCAAUGUUGGGCAGCUUUGCAAUAAGUUUAAGCCACACCUAUUCAUGAUUCUUGCUCAGGUUGCCUAUACAUUUCUUUACAUCAUCACUGAAGCUUCAUUCAAUCAUGGCAUGAAUCCUCACGUCUACGUAACUUAUCGACACGUUGUUUCUAGUGUUGUGAUGAUUCCAUUUGCAUACUUUCUCGAAAGAAAACAAAGGCCAAAGCUGACAUUAGCACUUUUUGUUGAGAUAUUCAUUCUAUCUCUCCUCGGGGUGAGUUUGACACUGAACAUGUACUAUGCAAGCUUGAGAUACACAUCACCAACUUUCGUUGCAUCAGUGGUUAACACCGUAGCUGCUUUAACUUUCGUAAUCGCAAUUGCAUUCAGAUUGGAGAGUCUUAAUCUUCGAAAUCCUCGGGGGAUAGCAAAACUUCUCGGGACUUUGGUCUCGUUAGCCGGGGUAACGACUAUGACAUUGUAUAAAGGUCCUGUAAUGCAACACUUGGGGCAUGUUCCUGUACAUAUUCAAGCAAGUUCUGGCUCCAACCAUGAAAACUGGAUAAAGGGUGCGAUUCUUACUGUUGCAAGCUGCAUAACAUGGUCCGUCUGGUAUAUUAUGCAGGCAGUGACUCUGAAAAGGUAUCCUGCUCAACUAUCGCUUACUGCGUGGAUGAGUUUUGUUGGGGCAGCACAGUCGGCUUUCUUCACGGUGAUUGUAGAACAUAGAAAAGCUGCUUGGACAGUCGGGUUAAAUGUCGAUUUGUGGUCAAUUAUAUAUGGUGGAGUAGUGAUGUCGGGUGCAGUAAUUUUCAUACAGCUAUGGUGCACAGAAGUAAAAGGACCAGUUUUUGUCACCGUGUUCAAUCCGGUUUCGGCAAUAUUAGUUGCUAUUAUUGCAUACUUUAUUCUCGGCGAAAAACUGUACACAGGAAGCAUUAUAGGAGCUAUCGUUGUAAUUGUCGGCUUAUAUUUGCUGUUAUGGGGUAAAGAAGGUGAUCAACCAGUUGACAGUAAAUCAAAAGAUCAAUCACAUUCGACUGACAACGAACAAAAGGAUGCUUCUAUUGAAAUUAAAGUAACACCAGCUCAUCCAUGAUAUCUAACUUCAUUCCUCCUAUCAAGGGAUCAAUAUCUCCAAACAUUCCUUUACCGAUAGGCUGAAGUCAGGGAUCGAACUUGAAGAUAUUUCAACCGAAAAAGCAGAAUUUUUUUCAAGACCAAUCAUCAAGUACAGAUAUUGGAUAAUCUGGUUGAGAAAAUAAUAGCCAACUAAUUCAUUUCUUCAAUAGCCAACAGCACAUUAGCCAUAUUCAAAUGUCGAAAUCAGACAGGGUGAAACCAUUUGUAUUUACAUUUGAAACAAAAAUUGUUGAAUAAUCUAGAAAAAGCAUCUCUAAUUUAGAUAA